AUGCUGGCUCGUGCUUCAAAACAGCUUCUUAGGACGAGAAUAAGCUCGAAUUAUGUUCUCGCUCGAGUCGUUGAUGGAGAACUUCAGGAAGCAAAGAUUGAUUUGACCAAGACUUCAUCAACAAAAGAUACUCGGGAGAGCUACGGAUUCCAGGGCUCCAUUUGGGCAGAAGUGAACGUCAAUAACUCUGAAAUGUUCGCUCAAGUUGGCGAAGUCUUCUCAAAAGAAGCUAGUGGCCGGUUAGGCAAAAUUGUGUCAGACAAAAACGGAGAAAGCUGUAUUCAUCCCCUUGACGUCCCUAUUGAAGAGCAAAAAGUGAUAGAAUUCGACUUGGCCGAUGUUAACGAAGAGCAACUUGUUCGAACUAAAAACACUCGCUACCAAUUCGACACUGUCAAGGACCAGGAUGGAUUUAUCAGAGCCGUUAAUAUUCAUCGACUACCGAAAUCGCAGCUCAAGAAGUUAAACGCGGCUUGGGACGAAACUCAGGAAGAAAAUCUAAUUUCUUUGUACAGUUAUUCUUAA